AUGGGAGAAGUGGGUGGCAAGCUCAGAAGAGGCCUCGUGGAGACCCGGGUGCAGCUCGGAGCCACCGCGGAGGUUCUGGAGUCAGAGCACGCCGGGUGGGUGUGUGAAGAGCAGGGAGGAGGCCCGGUCGGUUUACACAACAUUGGGCAGACCUGCUGCCUUAACUCCCUGAUCCAGGUGUUCGUUAUGAACAUGGAAUUCACCAAGAUAUUGAAGAGGAUGACAGUGCCAAGGGGAGCUGCGGAGCAGAGGAGGAGUGUCCCCUUCCAGCUGCUCUUGCUGCUGGAGAAGAUGCGGGACAGCCGGGAGGAAGCGGUGCGACCCAUGGGGCUGGCCUACUGUCUCCAGACGUACAGCGUACCACUGUUUGUCCAGCAUGAUGCUGCCCAGCUCUACCUCACAAUCUGGAACCUGAUUAAAGACCAAAUCACAGAUGUGGACUUGGUAGCGAGGCUGCAGGCCCUCUAUGCCAUUCGCGUGAGGGAGUCCCUCGUUUGCCUUGGAUGUACCAUGGAGAGUGACAGAAGCAGCAGCAUGCUGACCCUCCCCGUCUCUCUUUUCGACAUGGAUUCAAAGCCCCUGAAAACACUGGAGGACGCCCUCCGCUGUUUCUUCCAGCCCAGGGAGCUGUCCAGCGAGGACAAGUGCUUCUGUGGGAACUGUGAGAAGGAGACCUGCUGGAAGCAGGUCUUGACGCUGACCCACCUGCCCCAGACAUUGACCAUCCACCUCAUGCGUUUCUCCAGCAAAAAUCUGCGGACAGAAAAAAUCUGCCACUCACUGUGUUUCCCCCAGAACUUGGAUCUAAAUAAGCUCCUUGAGAUGGAGGGAGAGCCCUGCACUGCUGAGGAGCAGCAUGGGGGACAGUAUGAACUCUUCGCUGUGAUUGCCCAUGUGGGGAAGGCUGACUUCGGUCACUACUGUGCUUAUGUCCGGAGUUCUGUGAAUAGAAGAUGGUUCUGCUUCAACGACUCCAAUGUUUGCUGGGUGUCCUGGGAAGACGUCCAGUGUACCUAUGGAGAUCACAGCUACCGCUGGCGGGAAACUGCAUAUCUUCUGGUUUACAUGAAGAUUGAGUCCUAA